AUGAAAGCUGGUAGAAAUCGACAUGUUCAACUUCAACUACAGGUUCAGACUUUGGUGGAUCUGGAGGCAAAAUCACCUGAGGAUGACAUGGCAAUGAAACUUGUUAAUUUCAUAAAUGGGAUGAAUCAGUUGCUGUUUGAUGGGUUAAUACGCGAGCUUCCAAUCCUCAGUUUUGCUUUUGGAGAAGGCAUAUGGAUGGUGGGGAAGAUUGAUGAAGUUCAAAUGCCUAAAGCAAAGAAAGAUCAUAAUCCGAUACUAAUUGAGUUAAAGACUCGUUCCCAAGACACGGUUCCUUCAGAAGCACAGAAAAGAAACGGAAGGAUUCAGCUAAUGUGUUACAAGUAUUUGUGGGACAGUUUAGUUGCACAUGCUCAUCAUGAUUUCCCACGCAAACAGUUGUAUGAUCUACGAUCUGGAUUCACAGCACUGAAUCUUGGUGAUGUGGUGAGGUGUUACCAAAAUACGUGCAAGAUACUGCAACCUUCUAAUGAAAAGUUAGUGUUGAGAUAUGAGUCUCAGAGGGACCAUUCAAUGCUGGUUGAAGAAAAGAUUGCAUAUGAUGAGGGUUGGGUGAAGAGUGAAAUAGGGAGUUGUCUUGAGUUGUGGCUUGGACAGAGAGAAGCCAGUUAUGUGGCUGAGGAUGAGCAAUGGAAGUGUGGUUACUGUGAUUUUGUUUGA